AACAACAACAACACCAUCAUCAACAACAACACCAACAACAACAGCAUCAACAGAAACAACAACAACACCAAUGUCAACAACACCACCACCAACAACUCCAACAACAACACCAACAGCAACAACAACACCAUCGACAACAACAGCACCAACAACAAUACCAAUAACAACACUGUCAACAACAACACCAACAACGACAGCACCAACAACAACACCACCAAUAACAACACCAACAACAACAACAGCAGCAACAACACCAAC